AUGGCUGCAGACAGCCAACAGUCAACUAAACGCAUUAAUCAUCAAUGGACUGCAGAAGAGGAUAAAGUCCUCGUAGAGUGUCUUAGUGAUUUAGGUUUAUGUUGGAAAGGAGACAACGACUUUAAGGCAGGUUAUUCCAAUGUCGUAGAAAAGAUGAUGCACAAUAAGAUACCAGGAUGCAACUUGCGAGCUAGCCCACACAUCACUUCUAGGGUGAAACUGUUGAAGAAACAAUAUAAUGCCAUCGCUGAAAUGGUCGGUCAUAAUGGUGAGAGCGGCUUCGGCUGGAACGAUACCAAGAAAAUGAUAGAUGUUGAGAGGCAAAUAUUUGAUGACUGGGCGAAGUCUCAUCCCAGUGCUAAGGGUCUUUACAACAAGCCUUUCCCGCACUAUGACAUUUUGGGAACUAUCUUUGGUAAGGAUGUUGCAACGGGAUCUCAUUCAGUGGGUGCAGACGAUGUAAUACGCGAAAUGGAACGAGAUCCUGCCAUGUAUGAUGACAGUGGGACCCCUUUCGAUGAUUACCUAGACAUCAGUGGUGACUAUAUUCCCACUCAUUUAGAAGAUCCUCCUAUGCCUGACAUCCCAGCUGAAGAGGUAGUGCAGCCAAGUAGUCCGGUUUCAACUGCAUCUGCCAGAAAGGGUAAGAAAAGGAAAAAGAGUGAAGAUCCUUUCUCUGUUGAAAUGGUUGAUGUCAUGAAAGAUCUAACUCAGGUAUACCGCAAAUCAACUGACAACAUUGACAAAUUGGUGUCAUGCUUUCAACACCAAGCUGAUGGAAGUAAUAGACGAAUGUCAAUUAUGGAUGAGAUUGAGAAAUUUGAUUAUUUGCCUAGCCCUCAGAUGGUUCACAUAGGUGUGCAGUUUGGUAGGGACAGAGACUUGACAGACAUCUUCAUGCAAUGCAGUGAGGAGAAAAAAAAGCAAAUACUGGCAGGGAUGUUGGAUAACUUUGAUAAAUAG